CCGUUGGUUACCUUUCCUCCACUCCGGCUCCUCUCCUCUCCUCAUCAUAAAUCCGCAUCUGGAAUCUAGCCAGCCAGACACAACCAAUCCCAAUCCGCAUUUGGGGAAGCAGAGGACGGACGAUGGGCACGCCGGUGGGAAUGGCGACUCUAGCGGCCCUGGCGCUGCUGCUGUGCGUCUCCAUGGACGGGUGCGCCGCCGCUGAGUACAAGGUGGGCGGUCUGGACGCGUGGGGGGUGCCGCCGUCCAGCAAGCCGGACGUGUACGUGCGGUGGGCCAAGUCCGUCCCCGUCAAGCUCGGCGACGCCCUCUUCUUCCUCUACCCGCCCAGCCAGGACAGCGCCGUGCAGGUCACCGCCAAGGCCUUCGCCGCCUGCCACGUCUCCGACCCGCUGCUCAAGCUGGAGGACGGCAACUCCGUCUUCAACCUCACCAAGCCCGGCCGGGCCUACUUCACCAGCGCCGCCCCGGGCCGCUGCCGCAAGGGCCAGAAGCUGUCGGUGGACGUGCCUGGCGCCGAUGGGAAGCUGCUCAAGCCGUCGGCGGACGACGAGGCCGCGCUCAAGGCGCUCUCUGCGCUGCCGCCUGCCGCUGCCCCGUCCGAGGCGCUCCCCUCGCUCUCGCCCGGCCCCGACGACGACGACGACUCGGCUGCCUCCUCCAUGGCCCUGCACCGGGCCGCCGGAUCCGCUCUGUCUCUCCUCGCCGCUCUCAUCCUCAUGUGGCUGUGAUUUCUUUCUUUCUUUCUUUCUUUUUUGUCAGAUGAGAAACAUGAAUUGUACUCUACUCUACUCUACUCUACUCCGGAGUAUUAAUUUAUUUGUUUGGAUUGGAUUAUAAGUAUAAUUGAUUGAUUGA